AUGACCAGGGUGCUGCGCAUCACUGUGGCCUGCUGCCUCCUUGUCAUAAAUCAGGCCACUCGCAUGCAUCGCUGUGAGUUGGCCAGGGUGCUGUACAAGAAUGAAUUGGAUGGAUAUGAGGGUUACUCCUUGAAUGACUGGAUUUGCCUGGCUUUUGUGGAAAGCAAGUUCAACGUCUCAAAGAUAAAUGAAAAUGCAGAUGGCAGCACUGACUAUGGCAUCUUCCAGAUCAACAGCCACUACUGGUGCAACAAUUAUCAGAGUCACUCAGAAAACUAUUGCCACGUGGACUGUGAAGAUCUGCUGGAACCGGACCUUAUCUCGAGCAUCAACUGUGCAAAAAAGAUUAUAUCUGGACAAAGGGGGAUGAGGAACUGGUUAGAAUGGAGGUUGCACUGUGCAGGCCGGCCUCUCUCCUACUGGAUGACAGGAUGCCACCUGAGAUGA